GAACUUUUCUGAUAAACUGCUCCUGAGAGCUGGGGAGGCAAGCUCCCCGCCUCCCCACAUUCCGGCUACCCUGCCCCCGCCUCCCGGUCCUCGCCCAGCCGCCCGCGCUGGUGAUAGGACGAGUCCCGGGUGUGCAUUGUGUGUAUGCAAAGCACCGCUCCGCUCCUGGGGCGGCUCUAGCGGGGACCGGGCUGCAGCAACGGCUGGCGGCGCGGAGUACGCUCCCCUCUCGGAUGCGGCAGCCUGAGUCUGAGCCCAGCGCUGUCAUGCUCCUGCCGCGGGGCGGGCUGCAGCGUCGCCCCGUCGCUAUAUAAGCGUGAGGAGAGGGGGCACCCGGAGGGGCUGAAAAUGAAGGUGCCCGCGCAUGGGCCGCCGCUGAUUGCCAACCCCUCCCGAGCUCGCUCCCGUCGCGGAGCCCGAGGCCGCCGAGGACCCGCCUCAGCCGCAGUAGCAGCUGGUUCAGCGACGCGGACGGCAGCUGCGGCGGCGGCGGUGGCGCCCCUCGCGCUAGCGCUUAGAGCAGCGGCGGCGACUCCGGGGCCGCCGCUGGCCCCGCUGCCAUGAGUUGUGCGGAGGUGAUGUAUCACCCCCAGCCGUAUGGAGCGCCCCAGUAUCUGCCCAACCCUGUGGCAGCUGCAACCUGCCCUACAGCCUGCUAUCAUCCGGCUCCCCAACCUGGCCAGCAGAAGAAGUUAGCGGUAUACAGCAAGAUGCAGGACUCUCUGGAAGUCACGCUUCCCAGCAAACAAGAGGAGGAUGAGGAGGAGGAGGAUGAGGAUGAGGAGGAGGAGAAAGACCAGCCUGCCGAGAUGGAGUACCUUAACUCUCGCUGUGUCCUUUUCACUUAUUUCCAGGGAGACAUUGGGUCAGUAGUGGAUGAACACUUCUCAAGAGCUUUGGGCCAAGCCAACACCUUGCAUCCCGAAUCUGCCAUUUCAAAAAGCAAGAUGGGGCUAACCCCCCUAUGGCGAGACAGCUCAGCUCUUUCAAGCCAGCGGAGUAAUUUCCCAACUUCCUUUUGGACCAGCUCUUAUCAGCCCCCACCUGCGCCCUGUUUGGGGGGAGUUCAUCCUGACUUCCAAGUCACUGCACCCCAUGGCACCUUUACAACAGCAGACCCCAGCUCUUGGCCAGGACAUGGUCUUCAUCAGACUGGCCCUGCCCCACCCCCUACUGCUUCUGAAUCUUGGCACUAUCCUCUGGCAUCUCAGGUGAGCCCGUCCUACAGCCACAUGCAUGACAUGUACAUGCGGCAUCACCAUCCUCACGCUCACAUGCAUCGCCACCACCACCACCACCCAACUGCUGGCUCUGCCCUGGAUCCCGCGUAUGGGCACCUGCUAAUGCCAUCAGUGCGUGCCGCUAGGAUUCCUGCUCCCCAAUGUGACAUCACAAAAACAGAUCUGACUACAGUCACCACUGCUACCUCAGCAUGGGCCGGAGCCUUUCAUGGGACAGUGGACAUCGUGCCAAGUGUGGGCUUCGAUACAGGUCUUCAGCAUCAGGACAAGAACAAAGAAUCAACUUGGUACUGAAGCAUGCUAUCAUCAGGUCAUAUGGCAGCAUGAAUCCAAGGGCCCACUGGGAAAAAGAUGCCAUUUGGGAUAUCCCAUCCAGGAAUGGGACACAGGAAACAUGGACUGAGAAGAGGACAUACAAGGCUGUUGUCUUUAGAUUUGAACCUUUUCUGGAGAAAACAUAGCGGGCCCUCCUAAUCAUUGAAGAAAAGCAUUUGAUUUGUUUUCCCUUAUCUGAGCCUUUGUCAACUGUGCAACGUCUUGUUUUGCUUGCUUUGUUCCAGUACCUGGGCUAUUUUUUUUUUUUUUUUUUUUUUUUUUGAGCUUUUUCUUUUUGCUUUUUUUUUUGCCAGCCACUUGUAAGAAGAUGAUCUACCAAAUGAAAAUGCUCAUUCCUUCAGGAAAACCAUUAACUCCAUCUUCAUCUAUUUUUGUGGAAAUACAAAACAGUUGUUUUAGCAUGUAGGGGAUAUUUUUGAAGAUGUAAUGUUUUGUUCAUUAAUGUUGUAACAAUCGUUGAGUUCUGUUUAAAGAACUUGCUCUCAGAAAAGCACUGGCCAAAAUGUUUAAGCGCUGAUCUUUAAAGUGUUUGCGAUGCGCUGUGACUGUGCUUCAGAGGGUACCUCAAGGGUUUCAUCCUUUCUACAACAGUGACACUACCAUAGACAAAUCCUGAAAUGUUGUGUUUAUGUUGAAACUCAGUGAAGAUUUAAUUCAAUGAUAGCUCUUUUAGUUUGCAGUUGUAUAUGUCUGUGCAGCUUGAAGGGGCAUUUUCUUUUAAAGGGACACAAAGUUAAGGGUAUUUUUCCCAAAUAGUUCUUGGAAGUUGACUAACAAUGCUUCUCUGUAUAGUCCAGCCUAUCAUAACAAUUAGGAAUAGAGCAUACACAUUCAUUUAGCCAUGAUAAAUGCAUUAAACCAAUGCAUCUAGCCAUGAUAACUAUAGAUCCCACUGACAAAUUUUCCUAAUUUUUAAACCAUUCAUUCAUGGCUGUUUCAAAAGUCAUACUUUAGAUGACUUUGUUUUCUGGAGUGAAUGCAAAUGAGUAAUGUCAGGGUCAAAGUGCUGACUGUCCUUCAUCUUUGUAAACUGAAAAGCAAUGUAUUCUUUAUGUAAUGUUUUGAUUUGAUCAUUUUGCAAAAAUUUUCAUUUGCUUUUAAGUGUAGUUUCUCAAAAGUUAGUGCAAAAUAAAAGUGGUUAUGGAUUUAAGUUUAUGCUUCAAUUUUACAAACUGGUUAAAGACUGAAAGACUGAGAGGUGAAUUUCACAUAGCCCACAAGAUACAGAAAAAGUGAAGUUGGAAUUUACAUUAAGAGAAGAUUAGGCAAAGGUUGGGAUUAUGAAGGUAGUGAUGACUGACAAAUCAAAGACACGGCCUAGGUCUUCCUUUCAGUUGCUCCCAGCCAUAGAGGACCUUAGUGUAGUAUAGAUGCUAAUAUUUGGUAAUAUUUCUCAAUUUCUCCCUUUCCUCUCAGCCCACACAAAACAGAAGGUUAAGUCACGUGCUAUGUUCUGUUUUUAAUUGUGAACUUCAUGGGUGUGAAUACUUUACACAUUAACAACACAACAAGCAGCUACACAGAAUUCUCACAACUCAUUUCCAAACAUUUCUCUUGGCUGUAUCUUAGGCAUUUGUUUCUCUUCCUGCUGUGUUUUGAAUUAUAAACCCCCUUCAUCUCUUGUAUCUCCAGACUCCAUCAUUUCUUCAUUUUGAUUUUUUUUUUUUUGGACACAGUCUUCAUGUGUUAUUAUCAAUGUAGUCUAGAUUUAAGGUAGCUUCUACUCACCAGUUUAGGAACCUUAUCAUCUAGAUAAUGGGCCUCAUUAAAUUCCUUGCAUGUUUAUCCAGAUUUUGAUAAUGAAUAAAAAUUGUUUUAUUUGUUAUCUGUAUCUGCAUAAAUAUGUGAACCAUAGAGUUGAAUGAGUCUAUCAAAUUCGUGUUGUCUUGAAUCCUCCUGAGUUGUGAAAACUGAGCACUUGGCAAAUCCCAUGAGGGAGACACAUUGGCUGUUAUCACAUCCUCCCUUGGGAUAUUUUAAUUUACAUUUCAGUGUCUCUUAGAAUGGUGCCACACUUGAAAUCACUGAGCUCGCUCCAUCGAAUUUUCCCAUAUAAGAGGAGGAUAGGAGGACUAACUUUGUUUCUUUUCUUCUUUAUCUUCCUUCUGGAUUGAAAAAGAAAGUAAAUAAUUUAGUGAUUUUGCUCUGAUAUUCUCAUAACUAUGGCCAAAACAUGAUUUGUUUCAAGAACAAAGGAAAGUGAAGAAUCUGAUUUUAUUUCAUGCAACAAAGGUGUGAGUUCCCCCUUUGAGAACAGGCAUAGGUAUCAGUAGGAUAUUGUUACCAAAGGAGUAGACCAAAAUCUAGUAAAAGGAGAGGGAACAAUUCUCUCUAGUUGUCCAGCAUCUCUCAGUGUUUUGACAUUACUGUAGCAAGCAGAAGUAAUAAAGGGAGCUAUAUCAUAUCAAAAUAAAUAAUCUGAAUUUAUUUGCUUGUAAAGUGCUAUUAUAUUCUGGAUCUGGAUUUCUCACCUUUAAAGUAUGGCUGCUAUACUGAAGGGUGGCUGCCUCCUGCCCCUCUGAAUUCAUUAGACUCACUCUACUUUGGCUGUUUUGCAACUUCAAUUUCUUUUAGUCUAUUUGAAAGCCUGUACAUUUGACACCAGAAAACAUUAUUAUUAUAUUAUGUUGCAUAUAUUAAUCUAUAUGCAAUCUACUAUUCCACCAGUGAACUCUCUACAGUAAGGAACCACAUAAUGCUGGCAAUUCGAGUCCCCACAGGAUAGUUGAUCUUUCAUUGUUAAUUUCUAAAGAACCUCUGAAGUUUAUAAUCUAAACAUUUUUAUAAACCACAUUGAUAUAUUAUCUUUCAAAGGUUACCUAUUCUUUUUAACUCUUCCAACUUUUCUAUUUUGAAUUCCAUAUUGAGAUUUGCAUUUCAAUUCCCCAAAAUAGAAAUAUUAUCCUAAAAUUUGUAAAAUGAGAAUGAAUGGAUUUCAAAAAAUACUAAAGAACACAUUUUCCAAAGUUGUAGCAUUAAAAUAAAAUGUUCUAGAGAAGCACAGCAUUUAUUGUAUUCUUCCGAUAGUAUUCGCCUGUUCCUAAGUUCGCAGAACACUGGACAGGAAGUAGCCUAAAGAUCACUAUCUGACUGGAUGUCGCAGUUGUGACAGAGACUGCACUUGUAUAAAUCCCAUGCCGUUCCUUAUGAGAAGCAUCCCUGUGUGAAGUAGCAUUUGCUGAAUUAGUCAGUGGGAAUGGCAGUAAUCGAUGGAUGAGCCAAAGACACACAUUACUGUUUUGACUGAGAAAGGGUGGGUCAGCAGGAUGAUUUAGUGUGAGCUCAGUUGUUCACUGAGUUCUAACUCAGCUGUGGUUUAUUGUUUCAGAACUUCAUUUACCUCGUGAUAAAAAUGGGAUAGUACGAUCUAACGGGAUGGCUGUGAAAGUUGGGAAGCAUAUACAGAUGUACCUGACUUACAGCAUAGAUGUUCAAACAACUAACAGCCUCCUCAAAUGACCAUCAAUUCAGCAAGUUGGUUAUUAAAUUGAGCUCUUAACUAUCAUUUCCCUUAAUGUUGCAUGUUUAUUAUUCAACACUUAAAUAGACCAAUGACUGCUUUUCUGUAAAGAGUCAUUGAAAAGGGAAUCUUUCUUUCUUUCUUUUUUUUUUUUUUUCCACUCACGGGAGAUAAAAUGUUAACUUCUUAAUGAACUCCAAGUUUUUAAUGUGGUGUUUCUGAAGAAAAGCUAAUUAAACAUCUAGCUGUAUGUAGCCAGAGUCUGAGUCAUAUUCACCCACAACUCUGUAUUUUGCUGUCUCCAAAAUUAGGAGGGCAUCCUCACCAAGCCACCAACCUUUGUAUUUGUCAGCUAUACAUCGUGUUUCUGUGGCACUGGACUAAGAAUGUUCUUCUACUUGGCCCCUUUUGUUUUUCCUUGCCUCGGAGGAAAAGCUGCACAAUAUGGUGUAGAGAAUAAAUUGUCUUUCACGGAAGUGGGGGGAGCAUUCCCUUUACAAUCUCAGUCAGCAGAUUUACUCUACUUGAGAAAAAAAAAUGAAACAACUUUAUUGGAAGCAGAUGUUGACACUGUGUCGGUUAUUGAAGAUGGAAAGAGUUCACUCAAUCAUUGUAGUUACAAAAGGGUAUUGAUGGCACUCAAGGUCCCUGUGAUGGGUCACCUUCCCAGCUGUGCGUGGACAGAAGAAGCUGCAUGGAACCAAAAAUGAAGUCAGCCUGUGAUUUCAACAUGCAAGGAACAUCAAGGACUGAGCUUGUUUGGUGUAUUUUUUCCCUGCAGAAUGCAUAAUAUAUAUCUUUCCUAGAAUAUUAAGGUUGGAAAGACAAGUUAAAAUCAAGAAUCUUAAAAAUACUACAAUUUGAGGUCAUCGUGAAACCUACCAUGAUAUCACGAAAAGUUUGAUUAAAAUUAUUUCAGAAAUAAAUAGACUGAUAUUUGUGUCUCAAAAUGAAGCUGAACACUCACACAUAUAUACUAUGAAGGAAAGAUGGAUUUGAUGUUUGGGGAAUGAAUGGAGCCAACAAGGGAAUCUCAGCUUCAAUAACUUAAUUGCCAUGGUUAUGUGGUCACAGGACUAGGUCACAGAUCAGACUUGUAGAAUAUUGAAUAGUAUUUUUUCUCUUAGUGCUUUCUGGGGAAUUUUAAACUAUAGAAUUAGCCAUUAUAGUUAAAUGUCUUACACUUUAAUUUUUUGUUUUGAGCUUUUGUUUGUUUGAAACAUUUUGUGAUGUCAAGCGAUUAGUCAAGGAAAUAAUCUUGAAAUUUUGACCACCACCCUAUAUUGAUUCAAGGACGUUUUCUAAAGCUCCCUUUUAAAUUUCAGGGAAUUCUAAUAGGUUUUAAUGUAGUUUUUCAAUUCUGUUGUGUUGUGUAAAUAAAGAGGGCCAUGCGAUCUUUUAGAAAGGAGUUCACCAUCACCAAUUAACUGCUUUUCUUAAUGACUUCUGACUACUAAGUUUGAGGCUAACAUUAGUUCUCUUGAAAUAUAAAAUUUGUAACGAAGCUUGCUUUAUUUUUACCUAAGAUGUGAACUUUUCUUUUUAUACUAAUAGGCGUAGGCAUUUUUUCCCCUUCUGUUUUUUGUGGCUAGAGUCACAAAACAGAAUGUAAAGGUUUUUACACACUAGGCUUAAUGUGUAGAAUAUGUAUACUUGUGAACAUCCUAUCUGAUUUACAAAUGCUAUUCCAUAUAGGUAAUUUUCAAGAUGUACAAUGUAGGGAAAACCUCCAUGUGAGUUCUUUGUAUCAUUUUAAAGUGCAUAUAUUUAAAGGGAAACAUGGAUUCCUUUUGUUUUCAUUGUGUACACCUAGGUAAGGUGAAAUGUUUUUGUAAACAGAAAGAUGCCCAAUAUGAUAAACUUUAUAUUUAUCACUGGAUAAGGUAAACUGAAAACUAAUAAUAGAAGUCAUAUCUUACAGCAUCCAACCUACAGUGAGAUUCUCGAUUUGUUAGUUCAGAGAGAAAUCACGCCAUCUUGAUUUCCUAUUUCCAGAAAAGGAAGCCAAGCAAUUUCGGUUAUAAUGUCAUCAACUAAUGGAUAACAGAUAAUUCUUAAAUCUUUUGACUGCAUAACUAUAAAAUCAUAUGAUUAUUUUGUUGUCAUUCUUCAAAUGCAGGACUCCUAACUGUGUCAUUGAUAUACAAUCACGGAAGGCUUUGUGACAAAAACAAAUGUCAUUUUUUCUGUAAUUUGUUCAAUAAAUAAUUUAAUGUGACUUUAA